AUGACGAAUAGCACUGAGGAAGUGCACAGUGUGGUUUUUGUUUUAGGACCACCGGGAUGUGGUAAAGGUACGCAGUGCUAUCUUAUUGAACAGUAUCUUGGUUUUGUACAUCUUAGUGCUGGUGAUCUUCUUCGUAAAGAACAAGAACGGGUAGAAUCAAAAUUUGGUAAAAUUAUUGAUGAACACAUUAGAAACGGGACGAUCGUACCGGUGGAAAUUACUUGUAAGCUUAUUGAAAAGGCAAUGGAUGAACGCUCAUUCGCGAGAGGCUUUCUUAUCGAUGGUUUUCCACGGAAUCAAAAUAAUUUAGAUGGAUGGAAACGUGAAAUGGCUGAUAAAACAAAAAUUUGUUUCGUGCUUUAUAUGGCUUGUACGAUCGAGUGCUUAGAACGAUGCUUGAAGCGUGGUCAGGGUCGUACGGAUGAUAAUGAACAAUCUUUAAAGAAGCGUAUCGAAACAUAUAAUAAUCAAACAGUACCUAUCAUUGAAUAUUUUCAAUCACUUGGACUCGUUCGGGAAGUGUCUGCAAUUGCUUCACUUGAAGAGGUAAUGGACUUUUAA